AUGACUAAGUCAAACUUUUUCUUCUUACAACCGGACAGGAAACAAUAAGAUACUAAUUCACUGCUCUUCUAUUUUCGUUUUGAAAGCUUUAAAAGAUACUUAAUUAUGCUUCAGAUUGUGUUUUUCUCCACCCUGUUAACUUUCACAUUCAUUGAGUCAGUGAAAAAUAGGUGGACCUGCAACACCUCAGAUGGAGAGAUAACAUACUCUUCCUGUGAUGACAAGAAGCCCAUACCGACAAUAAAUGUUACACCCUGUUUUAAUUGGAAACAGACUAAAGGAUAUUUGUCUUUAUACUAUGUCCCACGGAGAGACCUGAGAGACCUAUAUUUUAACAUUCAUGCAGAAUUUAAAUCAUCUGUAAUAAUGCCACUGAGGAAAGAAGUCUUAUGCCAUGGGGCUGAUGGUGGUUACUCAUUCUGCAGAGUUUUAAAGGGAGGUGAAGGAGAUUGGAGAUGCUAUGACCUCGUGAGCUUUUUAAGGUCAGAAUGACAAGUCAUCAGAAGUCUAUGAGCUGGAGCAGAUGAUGGGAAUUUCCAGGAGCCAUAUGGGAAUUUCAAGCCAUUGGAGAAACAAACCUGGUCCACCAGUGACAGAGAUGUAGAUUCUCCCAUCCAUUGGUCAUGCCACAAUUGACAGUGACCCUGGUCCGGUGAAAAAUAAUUCUUGGAUGUUAAGUCUGAGUCCAUUCUUCCCAGGGACUGAGGUUCUAUGGAGGAGAAUGUACCCUCAGAUGUUGUGGGAAACAAUUUACACUUCUGUUCUUUGCUGUAUCUUCCUAGUGAAUAUCCCUUCAAAAAAGCUAAUUGCUGUUGAUCAGUUAAAUGAAACUGAAUGCUUAUCACUGGUAGCUAACGUAGGCAAACAUUCUAGAAUGAAGGUUUUAUACAAUAACACAGAAGAAAGACAAUCAUAGUCCCUUAGGUGUACUCUAGAACCCUGAGGACAAGGUGUGCCUGUCCUUGAUCUGGGAGAGUGAGUCUAGCUAGGGCAGGAGUGGGGAACCUGUACGGGCCUCUCGAGGGCCUUCUAGGUCCUUGGGUGUGGCUUUUUGACUGAGUCC